AGGUUUCAAUCUAGUCUCUCUUGCAUUCUCAGUUAGGUAUUGCCUAACUUUCUGGUCUAUUCCAGAGCUUGUUCAGAUAUCCGUUUGAGUCCCCGUUAAUGGCAUCACGAAGCUCUAGCUCCUCUUGGACACCACAGGAAAACAAAAAAUUUGAGAAGGCCCUGGCUAAAUAUGAUAAGGACACCCCUGACCGCUGGGAGAAUGUAGCAAAGGCUGUUGGAGGAAAAUCAGCUGAGGAGGUCAAGCAACACUAUGAGGUCCUAAUUAGGGAUGUCAGAGCCAUUGAGUCUGGCCGUUAUCCUUAUCCGAAUUACAGCUCAAAUGGAAGUAGUGACUAAGCAUGAAACCCAAGUUUCCUACAGCAUGCCUUUGGCUUCAUUAAAGAACAAGAUACAAGAGGUCUCAUCUGCACAACUGUGAAAUACUACCAUAUAUAUCCAUACCAAUAUUUAAUAAAAAAAAUUCCCCCAUUAAUGAAUCCAUGAUUCUGUAUUACUACUGUCACUCCCCUUAUUCCUCCACUUUUCCCCUUCUCCUUUUACCAUGUGUAAUUAAAUGUUGUGAUAAGAA